CGUAAAAUUUAUUAACUGGACUCUAUGCCAUCUAGCGGCAAACAUUAAUGUCAUUUUUAUUAUAAACAAUGGCUGCUCACGAUUGGGUGUGAAGCUUUGUCCAGAAGAGAAACAUCAGGGCAAGCAAGAAAAUGGCAGCCCAAAUCGAUAAGGGGGCUGUCGAUGGGAGGGCAUCAAGAUGCGAUCCCGAUGAAACAACCCCCACAGUGAUAAACAAUCAUUGCAUUAAGCAGACCAUCAGAAAAAUCAAGCCCAUCCCGCCUCCACUAGAUUUAAGCAAAAGGGGACCACUGGAUUUAACCAGCUCAGAAAGUGUUAGUGACUUUAUCAGCUUUUCAGCCAGCCCAAGAAGUCCUGCUAGCUCAAAUCAAAAGCACUUGCCGUUUCGUAAAAGAGCAUUUAGUUGGACCACAUUUCAUGAUGAAAGUGGUUGCAAUUCACUUAGUCCUGGUCCAUCUUCUGCCAUUGUGCAACGGAGCACAUAUUAUGGGUUCAUACCCACCAGCCCACAUAUUAGCCGCUUAUCAGUCAUCAAACAAGAAUCAGUUGAUCAAUCUGAUGUGUUUGGUGACUACAUGAGCUCAAAUGUGGGAGUAAAGGACGACCAAGAAAGUGUAGCAAUUGAAACUUCUUCAAAAGAAAAACCUUGUGUGUAUUCUGAGACAAAGACCAUGAUCACUUACCCUGCUCCUCAAAGUCCUGCCUUUCCCACUCCUGCCACUCCUAGCCCACUAUCUCCUAUGAAUUUCCCUCCCACUUCAACCUUUUUCCCACCCCAUUUUCAUCCAAAACUUUCAUCGUAUUCCUGGUCAGGAUCAUUGCUCAGUCCCGCCCCAUCUUUGCACAGCAGCAGUCAAGAAGAAUUAGCCCAGUGUCGUCCGUGGAAAUUGGAGGAAAAUGAAAUGGAAGAAGAAUCGCCUGAUAAUAUUGCUGCAAGCAGAGAAGAAUCUGACACAUUUCAUGGAGGGCCCCUUUCUAGGGAGGAUUACGUACACAGCGAGCCUCAACCAGGAACAUCCGAAUUGUGCGAAAGAUUGCAACGGUUCGAUUUCGUCAUGCCACCAGCAGUACCCAAGAAUAAUGAAAAACGUUAUCAGGUCACGAGUGAGGAUACGUCCUCUAGCUUGGCCCCUUCUCCUGCUAAACGCCCAAUGAAUGGAUUUAUGCUUUUCGCUCAAAAAUAUCGCCUCCAGCUCAUUCAACAGUUCCCAGGACGUGAUAACAGGGCCAUCAGUGUAAUGCUAGGAGAUGCAUGGAAACGAUUGAAUCCAGCAGAAAAAGAAGUUUACACCGCCGAGGCACACUUGAGAGCUGAAGAAUAUCGACGUUUGUUUCCCGAUUGCUGGAAGCGUAAGCGUUCCAAGUCCACAAGCUAGACAAUCUAUCCUGUUUUCAUCUUCUUUAUCCUUUGUCUUUCGCUUAUUUUUGAAUCGUGGGUUGAUGGGAUCAGAUUCGACGAGACGAUCACUCGCAUGUUUUUUUGCGUCCGGUUCAGCUCUCACGCGAACGUAAAUGCAGACAUUUUAGUUUUGAUCAGGCGCGACUAAGAAAAUUUUUAAGAGAAAACCUUUUCCUUUCUGUUGAAUGGCUUUGAUGUUACAUGUAUAUAUUUGGUCUAAAGAAAUUUAGAAAAGUGGGUUCGAUAAGCUUUUAUGUUGUCCCGUUGGAAUCAACUGCAGCUUAGCUCGCAGAUCAGGCAUUUCGAGAAUGUUGGCUUUGUUAAGUUUAAACGGUUCGGAAACUUGAUAGGCUUCGGAGCUUAAAGAAUCAGAGAGUUCUUGCGGAGUACAGGGGGUUAGGGACGAGGAACUGUGCUGAUGAUGAGCGAUCUUUGUCACGGCCUAAGCCAGCAAGGAUCACUACGCAGAAAGAAAAAAAAAAAAGAAAUUUCCCCUUUUUUGCAAUUCCUGCCAUUGAGGCUAAAUAAGAAGCUUGUUUGUUCGAUGUUGUAUUCCUUUUUUUAUUCAGAUUAAAGGAAAUAUUUAUUUGAUGAGAGCCAGAAGAUGUUAUGUCUAUCGAUGUCAAUUCGGCGACGUCGUUAAUCAGCGACAAUCAAUCAAGAAUGUGUUACAAUUUUUUUUUACCAAAUUGUGAUAGAAGAGCACAAUUAGGUUUGAAAGUGAAUUCUUCUCUAAUUCGUAUAAAGAACUUUAACUACAAACAAGAAUGCCAAUAUCCCUGAUCUCAACAGAUUUGGCAUUCUAAAAUCCCUCGACUUUUGAUUCGGUCUGCUCUUUGAGCUGUUAAUUUCUUCUUUCUGCCUUUCUUCUUCCUACCUUUGAAUUUAUUUUUUUUUUUUGUUCCUUCUCCGUUAUCACAUCCGCUUUUGCAAGAAGACGUAAGUGCAUUACAAUCAACUCUCCCUUUUUUUUUCUUUCUUUCUUACUCUUUUUCAUGGGUGUACAUGCCCAAAAUGUUCAACAAAACUAUCAGUGGUUUCAGUGUCUUCCUCUCGCCAUUCUGUCCAAUUGAAAUGCUGCACAACUCGCCCUCAGCAUCAAUUUGAUAACCUUAAUUUUCAUCCUCUGAUGCUUUUCGCCUCGUUUCUGAACAAGGUCGAGCGUGAUCUCUCUCCGUUAAAAAAAACACAGGAAGAAAUUGUUCUCUAGAACUAAUCGUUUGUAUCGUGAAAAAAAACUAAAUUUUAAAAGGGUUAUUUAGAUACCUCGGUAUUCUUUGAUGAGAAUUUUGAGACCGAGUUGAUUUUUUGGAAUGGACGUUAAUUAGAUGUGCAUAAUCUAUUCACAAUGUUGUCUCCGUUCUACUUUCUCUUCUUUGGUUUUUGUAAUUGUCUCCGCGAGGGCCAGUUGAAAGUGCAACUUUAAGUUGGAACAAUAUGAAAAAUACACAAUCGUAAACAAGAA